AUGAAAUUGGUCUUCUCGACCCUGCUGGCUACGGCCACUGUGGUUCUCGCCGGCCUGGCAACCAUUUCUGAGCCUGCCCUUUCCGAUAUUGCGAAAGCCCAGGCAACAACUCUGCCCGAGGUCACGAACUCCAACGUACAGGGUCUUGUCUUCAACCGAUUCUUCCAGGUUUGGUUGGAGAACAUUGACUACGAGGACUCGGCCGCGGACAAGAGCCAGGAGUGGCUCGCCUCGCAGGGUAUUUUGCUUACCAACUUCUUCGCUGUUGCCCAUCCUUCGCAACCCAACUACUGCGCUUCAGCUGGUGGUGACACUUUUGGCAUGGACCACGACAACUUCUGCCAGGUCCCUGCCAAUGUUUCCACCAUUGCUGACUUGCUUGACACCAAGUCCGUCUCAUGGGCCGAGUAUCAGGAGCAUAUGCCCUACCCUGGCUUCCAGGGGUUCAACUAUUCGAACCAGCAGACCUACUUGCCGGACUAUGUUCGCAAGCACAACCCACUAGUUCUCUACGACUCUGUCGCUUCAAACGAUACGCGUAUCCGUCAGAUCAAAAACUUUACCGACUUUGACAAUGAUCUCAAGAACAAGAAGCUUCCACAGUAUGCAUUCGUCACACCAAACAUGACCAAUGAUGCGCACGAUACCAACAUUACCUUUGGUGGGUCAUGGGAGCGAAAGUGGAUGGAGCCUCUGUUGAAGAACGACUACUUCAUGGAGAAGACUGUCAUCCUUCUCACAUUCGAUGAGGACAAGGCCGUCAACAACUUUUAUCCCAAGAACAACCGUAUCUUCAGUGUUCUGGUCGGUGGUGCCAUCCCAGACCAUCUCAAAGGCACGAAAGAUGAUACUUUCUACACCCAUUACUCCACAAUUGCUUCCUUGUCUGCGAAUUGGGGUCUUCCUUCUCUGGGUCGCUGGGACUGUGGAGCCAAUAUAUUUGAGCUGGUGGCCAACAAGACCGGCUAUGUUAAUUACGAUGUCACCAUCGACCGUCUGCAUCUUAACAAUACCUACCCUGGUCCCCUUUCGGCCAACGUUUACUCCAAAUUCUCGGCUGACUGGCCUAACCCCACCACUGAGGGCAACUGCUCAGCUGGCCAUGGUAUCUUGGACCAUGUCAAGAAGACCUACAAUGGGACCAAACCCAGUCACAACUACACCUUCCCCUUCCCGUGGGAUGAAAAGACGAGCUACAAUGUCAAUGUCACCGCCACCCGCAUGUUGAACGGCAAGACAGUCAACUUGACUUCUUCCAAUGAUUCGACUUCGGGCAGUGGCUCCAAAAAGAACGGGGUGGCUGGUACUGUGGUUUUCUCCGGCUCAAUUACUCUUGCCGGAGCCCUUAUGGCUGCCUUUGCCUGCUUUAUGUAG